AUGAGCUGGGCUUUGGAAGAAUGGAAGGAAGGCCUGCCUACAAGAGCCCUUCAGAAGAUUCAAGAGCUUGAAGGCCAGCUCGACAAACUGAAGAAAGAAAGGCAGCAAAGGCAGUUUCAGCUUGAGACCCUGGAGGCUGCGUUGCAGAAGCAAAAACAGAAGAUUGAGAAUGAAAAAACUGAGGGUGCAAACCUGAAAAGGGAGAACCAAAGCUUGAUGGAAAUAUGUGAAAAUCUGGAGAAGACUAAGCAGAAGAUUUCUCAUGAACUUCAAGUCAGAGAGUCACAGGUGAAUUUCCAAGAAGGUCAACUGAACUCGAGCAAAAAACAAAUAGAAAAGCUGGAACAGGAACUUAAAAGGUGUAAAUCUGAACUUGAAAGAAGCCAGCAAGCGGCACAAUCUGCGGAUGUCUCUCUGAAUUCAUGCCUUACACCACAGAAAAUUUUUGCAACUCCGCUCACACCAAGCCAGUAUUAUAGCGGUUCCAAAUAUGAAGAUCUAAAAGAGAAAUAUAAUAAAGAAGUUGAAGAACGAAAAAGAUUAGAGGCAGAGGUAAAAGCCUUGCAGGCAAAGAAAGCAAGCCAGGCUAUUCCCCAAAGCACCAUGAAUCACCGGGACAUCGCCCGACAUCAGGCUUCUUCAUCUGUGUUCUCAUGGCAACAAGAAAAAACCCCAAGCCGUCUUUCAUCUAACACUCUAAAAACUCCAGUUAGGAGAGAUUUCUCUGCAUCUCAUUUUUCUGGGGAACAAGAAGUGACUCCGAGUAGAUCAACUUUGCAAAUAGGGAAAACAGAUGCUAAUAGCAGUUUCUGUGAUAAUUCUAGCAAUUCUCAUCUUUUGGAGCAGUUAAAAGCACAGAACCAAGAACUAAGGAGCAAGAUUAGUGAGCUGGAACUACGUCUGCAAGGACAAGAAAAAGAAAUGAAAGGCCAAGUGAAUAAACUUCAAGAACUCCAACUCCAACUGGAGAAAGCAAAAGUGGAAUUAAACGAAAAAGAGAAAGUUUUGAACAAAACCCGGGAUGAACUAGUGAGAACAACUUCACAGUAUGACCAGGCCUCAACCAAGUGUACUGCUUUGGAACAAAAAUUGAAAAAAUUGACUGAAGAUCUGAGUUGUCAGCGUCAAAAUGCAGAAAGUGCCAGAUGUUCUCUGGAACAGAAGAUCAAGGAGAAAGAAAAAGAGUUCCAAGAGGAGCUCUCCCGUCAACAGCGUUCCUUCCAAACCCUGGACCAGGAGUGCACUCAGAUGAAAGCCAGGCUCACCCAGGAGCUACAGCAAGCUAAGAACACAUACAACAUCCUACAGGCUGAACUGGAUAAAGUCACGUCUGUAAAGCACCAGGUAGAAAAAAAAUUGGAAGAGUUUAAGCAAAAUCUCAGCAAAACUGAACAGGCCUUACAGGCAAGUCAGACCAAGGAAAAUGAGCUGAGGAGAAGCAGUGAGGAAAUGAAGAGGGAAAACAGCCUCCUCAAGAGUCAGUCUGAGCAGAGGGCCCGAGAAGCCUGCCACCUGGAGGAGGAACUGAAGAAGGCCAAGCAGUGUUUGAGUCAGAGCCAGAAUUUUGCAGAAGAAAUGAAGGCUAAGAACACCUCUCAGGAAACCAUGUUAAGAGAUCUUCAAGAAAAGAUAAAUCAGCAAGAGAAUUCCUUGACUUUAGAGAAACUGAAGCUUGCCUUGGCUGACUUGGAAAAGCAGCGAGAUUGUUCUCAAGACCUAUUAAAGAAAAGGGAACACCACAUUGAACAACUGAAUGAAAAGUUAAGCAAAACAGAGAGAGAAUCUGAAGCAUUGUUGAGCGCUUUGGAAUUAAAGAAGAAAGAAUAUGAAGAAUUAAAAGAAGAGAAAACUCUGUUUUCUCGCUGGAAAAGUGAAAACGAACAACUUUUAAAUCAGAUGGAAUCAGAAAAGGAAAGCUUGCAGAGUAAAGUUAAUCACUUGGAAACUUGUCUUAAGACACAACAAAUAAAAAGUCACGAAUAUAACGAGAGGGUAAGAACCCUGGAGAUGGAAAGAGAAAAUCUAAACGUGGAGAUCAGGAACCUUCAAAAUGUGAUCGACAGCAAGACCACAGAGGCAGAGACACAGAAACGUGCUUAUGGAGAACUGCAACAGAAAGCUGAGUUCUCAGAUCAGAAACACGAGAAGGAGAUAGAAAAUACGUGUUUGAAAAUCUCUCACCUCACUGGGCAAGUGGAAGACCUAGAACAUAAGCUUCAGUUACUGUCAAGUGAAAUCAUGGACAAAGACCAGCGUUACCAAGACUUGCAUGCUGAAUAUGAGAGUCUCAGGGAUCUGCUAAAAUCCAGAGAUUCCUCUGCAGUGACAGUUGAGCCUCAUCAGAGAAGUCGUUUGGCUUUUGAACAGCAGUCUGCACUGAACAAUUCCUUUGCAAGUAGAAUUGGAGAGCAAGAAAGCGUGUCUUCAGAAAGGAGUGGAUGCCAUGUAGCAACAGACCAAAGUCCGGAAAGUUCAUCCAUGUUGCAAAGUAGAGUCGUUUCUCUUGAAUUUUCCUUAGAGUCGCAAAAGCAGAUGAACUCAGAUCUGCAGAAGCAGUGUGAAGAGUUGGUGCAAAUCAAAGGAGAAAUUGAAGAAAACCUCACGAAAGCAGAACAGAUGCAUCAAAGUUUUGUGGCUGAAACAAGUCAACGCAUUAGCAAGUUACAAGAAGACACUUCUGUCCAUCAGAAUGUUGUUGCUGAAACUUUAGCUGCCCUGGAGAGCAAGGAAAGAGAGUUGCAACUUUUGAAUGAAAAGUUAGAAACUGAGCAGGCAGAGAUUGGAGAGUUAAAAAAGAACAACCAUUUACUUCAGGAAUCUCUAAAGGAGCUACAGUUUUUGUCUGAAACCCUGAGCUUGGAGAAAAAGGAACUAAAUUCCAUCAUUUCUCUAAAUAAAAAGGACAUUGAAGGGUUGACCCAAGAGAAUGGGACUCUCAAGGAAAUUAAUGCCACCUUAACUCAAGAGAAGAUGAACUUGCUCCAAAAAACUGAGAGUUUUUCAAACUGUAUAGAUGAAAGAGAUAAAAGCAUUUCAGAGUUAUCUAAUCAGUACAAACAAGAAAGGCUUACUUUACUACAAAGAUGUGAAGAAACAGGAAAUGCAUUUCAGGAUCUGAGUGAAAAAUAUAAAGCAGUUCAGGAAAAGAACUCUAAAUUAGAAUGCUUGCUGAGUGAGUGCACGGGUGUUUGUGAAGACAGAAAAAAUGAAUUAGGACAGCUAAAGGAAACAUUUGCAAGGGAACACCAAGCAUUUGUAUCGCAGUUAGCAUCAGCUGAAGAAAGAAACCAGAAUUUAAUUCUGGAGUUGGAGACGGUGCAGCGAGCCCUGCAGUCUGAGAUUACAGAUAUCCAAAACAGCUCCAAGAGGGAGGCUGAUGGUUUAAAGCAAGAAAUCAUGAAGUUAAAGGAAGAGCAAAAUAAGAUGCAACAGGAAGUUAAUGCCUUAUUACAAGAGAAUGAACACCUGAUGGAAUUAAUGAAGACGAAACAUGAGCAUCAAUGUCUAGAACUGGAACCAAUUCAAGACUCUGAGAAAGAAGGAGAGAGGGAGAUAAAUACAUGUCAUGUUCAACUUCCGAUGGAUCUUGAUGUUAAAGAUUCUUCUCUAGACACUUAUAAAGCACAGCCGGUGCAAGUAGAAUCUGAAGUCAGAAACAUGGAAUUAAGACUUCAGAAGAGUGAGAAGGAAGAGUGUCUACAGCACGAAUUACAAGCUAGAGAAUUAGAAACUGAAGAUUUGCAACAAGAUACUCAGUCACAAGAUAUUAGUAGCCUUGGAUUCUCUGAAAUAGAUCCAGAAGAAAAAUAUAUUUCAGUGCUUCAUGAAUUGUCAACAAGUCAGCAGGACAAUGCCCACCUGCAGUGCUCUCUACAGACAGCCAUGAACAAGCUGAAUGAGUUAGAGAAAAUGUGUGAAGCCCUGCAGGUUGAAAAGUCUGAACUCAUAUCUGAGCUGAAUGACUCAAGAUCAGAAUGUAUCAGAGCAACUAGUAAAAUGGCAGAAGAGGCAGGGAAACUAGUAAAUGAAGUUGAAACAUUAAAUGAUGAGAAUGGACUUCUCCAAGGCGAGUUAGUGGAAGAAACACCAGAAGGUGAAUUUGGUGAACAACAAGAUGAGCAGACAUCUGUGAACUUAAAUCCUUUGGAUGACUGUAAUUUCUAUGAGCAUUUGACCAUGUCAAACAAAGAGGUUCAAAUGCACUUUGCUGAAUUAAAGGAGAAAUUUUCAUCUUUACAGAGUGAACACAAAAUUUUACAUGAACAGCACUGUCUGAUGAGCUCCAAGAUGUCAGAGCUGCAGUCUUACGUUGACACAUUAAAGGCUGAAAAUUCAGUCUUGUCGAUGAGUCUGAGGAGCGCUCAAGGUGACCUGGUAAAGGAGGUGGCACCAGCGCCCGGGGAGGAGCAUUUGCUGUCCUUGUCAUUCUCUUGUGUGACUGACAGCCCUGGUAACGCAAGUUUGGGAGAAUCCUCUUUUUACAAAGAUCUUUUAGAGCACACAACAGAAACGUCCCUCUUGAAUAAUUUAGAAGGGACUGUUUCAGCAAACCAGUCCAAUGUAGAGGAAGUCUCUUGCAGUAGUCUGGAGGAGGAGAAUCUGACCGAGAAAGAGAUCCCCUCUGUCCCACUGCAGAGCACUCGAGAACUUGAGACCCUCUGUCAGACGUACCUCCAGUCCCUCAAGCAGCUGGAAGAGGAAAUUGAAAGUCAAGGGCUUACGAAAAACAAGGAAAUUGAAGAGCUCAGGGAGUUACUGAGUUCUUCGAGGGAGGAGCUCGACUACCUCAGGAAGCAGUAUUUGUCAGAAAAUGAACAGUGGCAGCAGAAGCUGACAGAUGUGACAGCGGAGAUGGAGUCCAAGUUGGCGGCUGAAAAGAGACACACGGAGCACCUCACCCUUGAGCUCGAAGUGGCGCGGCUCCAGCUGCAGGGUCUGGACUUAAGCUCUCGGUCGCUGCUUGGCACCGACUUAGAAGAUGCUAUUCCGGGUGGAAACGAUAGCUGUGACAUAAGAGAAUCAGAAGAAUAUACUUCAGAACCUAAAGAGAGGACCCCACAGCAUGAGAUUCACCAGGUUUGUGAAAAAGAUGUUCAGCAGGACCUCAGUCUAGAGAUGGAGAAAAUAACAAAGACUGGUGCAGCCAAACUUACAGAAGAAUGGUCCAGAGAGCGGUCCUCAGAAGCCAGCCCUGAGGCUCCAGUGGGAGAUCCAGCCCAGGGCUGUUCAGAGUGCAUUUCUGAACUGUCCCUUCCUGGGCCUAAUGCUUCAGUGCCUAGGGAUGUUCUGGAGAAUCAGGUAACCAUUCAGAGUCUUGAGCUGAAAGUAAAAGAGACAUCAAAUGAGAAUUUGAGAUUACUUCAUGGCAUAGAGGAACGUGACCAAAAAGUUGAGAACUUGCUAAAUGAAAUCAACGAGUUAGAUUCAAAAUUCCAUUUACAGGAAGUACAACUAACUACCAAGAUUGAAGCAUGUGUGGCAUUGGAAAAAAUAGUUGAGGAACUUAAGAAAGAAAAAUUAGACUUAAAUGAAAAAUUGGCAUCCUUUUCUUGUCAUAACCAGAGAGAAGAAAGUUCAGGAGGUCUCACUCCUAGCUUAGAAAUGGUCACAAGCAAAUUGCUACAUGAAGAUAUUGAAGAUGAUGUAGCCAGGGUGACUGACAACUGGAGAGAGAAAUGUCUCCAGGUGGAAAACGAACUACAGAGGAUUCAAUCUGAGAAAGAUUGCCUGGAGCAUCACACCCUCUCUGUGGAAGCCAGCUUAGAGGCAGUUCAAACAGAGAAACUAUAUUUAGAAAAAGACAAUGAAAAUAAACAAACAGUUAUAACCUGUCUUGAGGAAGGACUCUCUGCGGUCACAAGUGAGAGAGAUCAGCUUCGUGGAGAGUUAGAUACUUUGUCAAAAGAAAAUCAAGAGCUAGAUCAGAUGUGUGAAAAGAUGAAGGAGAAAAUACGGGAGCUUGAAUCUCAUCAAAGGGAGUGUCUGCAUCUCCAAGAGCAGCUUCAGAGUUUGGAAAAGGACUCACAGGCACUGUCUCUGGUAAGAAGUGAAUUGGAAAACCAAAUUGAACAACUGAAUAAAGAGAAGGACUCACUUGUAUGGGAAUCCGAAAGCCUGCAGACCAAACUGAGUGAAUCGGAGAAUGAAAAGCUGGCCAUCACCAAGGCUUUGGAGACUGCACUGAUGGAGAAGGGUGAGGUCGCAGUGAGGCUGGGCUCCACGCAAGAGGAAGUGCACCAGUUGAGAAAAGGCAUUGAGAAACUCAGGGUCCGCAUUGAGGCUGAUGAAAAGAAGCAGCUCCAUGUCUCAGAAAAACUGAAAGCAAGUGAGCGGAGGAAUGACUCGCUUCAGGACAAGGUUGAGACCCUUGAAAGGGAGUUGCAGAUGGCAGAAGAAAGCCAAGAGCUGGUGAUUCUUGACGCUGAGAAUUGCAAAGCAGAGGUGGAGACCCUAAAAACACAAAUAGAAUUGAUGACUGAGCGCCUGAAAGAGUUAGAAUCAGACCUUGUCACCAUACGGACUGAAAAAGAAAAUCUUUUGAAACAGCUACAAGCAAAACAAGGUCAGGCGUCUGAGUUAGAUACGCUGCUCUCUUCGUUGAAAAACCUAUUAGAAGAAAAGGAGCAAGAGAAAAUACAGAUGAAAGAAGAAUCUAAAGCUGCAGUGGAGAUGCUGCAAACACAAUUGAGAGAGCUCAGUGAGGACGUAGCAGCCUUAUGUGACGACCAGGAGACCUGGAAGGUCAAAGAACAGAGUCUGGACUCUCCUGCCCAGGAGGUACAACAGCUAAGAAAUAACAUUGAAAAGCUGAAAGUCCACGUGGACAUUGAUAAAAAGCAGCAGCUCCAUAUCCUAGAAAAACUGAAGGAAAGUGAGCAUCAGGCAGAUUUGCUGAAGGAUACAGUUGAGAACCUUGAAAGAGAACUCAAGCUAUCAGGAGAAAACCAAGAGCAUGUGACUCUUGAGGCUGAGAAGUCCAAAGCAGAAGUAGAGACCCUGAAAGCAACAGUGGAGGAGAUGGACCAAAAUCUGAGAGGUUUGCAAUUAGAUCUUGUCAAUAUAAGAUCAGAAAAAGAAGAUCUGACUAAAGAAUUACGGAAAGAGCAGAGUCGAGUGUCUGAAUUAGAAACAUUAAAUUCUUCAUUUGAAAACCUAUUGCGAGAAAAAGAGCAAGAAAAAGUACAGAUGAAGGAAGAAUCUAAAGCUGCAGUGGAGAUGCUGCAGACACAACUGAAAGAGCUCAGUGAGGAAGUAGCAACCUUGUAUGUUGACCAGGAGACCUGGAAGGUUGAAGAAGAAAGUCUGGACUCCCCAGUUGAGGAGGUACAACAGCUGAGAAAUAACAUUGGAAAGCUGAAAGUCUGCUUAGAUGCUGAUAAAAAGCAGCAGCUCUAUAUCUUAGAAAAACUGAAGGAAAGUCAGCAUCAGGCAGAUUUCCUUAAGGAUACAGUUGAGAACCUUGAAAGAGAACUCGAGCUAUCAGGCAAAAACCAAGAGCAUGUGACUCUUGAGGCUGAGAAGUCCAAAGCAGAAGUAGAGACCCUGAAAACAACAAUGGAGGAGAUGGACCAAAAUCUGAGAGGUUUGCAAUUAGAUCUUGUCAAUAUAAGAUCAGAAAAAGAAGAUCUGACUAAAGAAUUACAAAAAGAGCAGAGUCGAGUGUCUGAAUUAGAAACAUUAAAUUCUUCAUUUGAAAAUAUGUUGCGGGAAAAAGAGCAAGAAAAAGUACAGAUGAAGGAAGAGUCUAAAGCUGCAGUGGAGAUGCUGGAGAAAGAAUUAGAAGAGCUAAACGAGAAAAUGGCAGCCUUGGGUAAUGACCAAGAGACCUGGAAGGUCAAAGAACAGAGCCUGAGUAGUCAAGUAGAUUCCCUUGAACAUGAGAAGGCUCAGUUGCUGCAGGGCCUUGAUGAUACCAAAAGUAAUUACAUGAUUUUGCAGUCUUCUGUGAAUGACCUCGUUCAAGAAGUUGAAGAUGGCAAACAGAAACUAGAGAAAAAGGAUGAAGAAAUCAGAAUACUAAAAAGUCAGACUCGGGACCAAGAGCAGCUUGUCUCUAAACUGUCCCAGAUGGAAGGAGAACAGCAACUUUGGAAGAAGCAAAAGGCAGACCUGGAAAAUCUGAUGGUGGAAUUGGAGCAGAAGAUUCAGGUGCUGCAAUCCAAAAAUGAUGCUUUACAGGAUACCUUAGAAGCUCUGCAGAAUUCUUACAGGAAUCUGGAGAAAGAGCUUGAAUUGACAAAUUUGGAAAAAACGUCCUUUGUUGAAAAAGUAAACGCAAUGACUGUGAAGGAAACUGAGCUUCAGAAGGAAAUGCAUGCAAUGAUACAAAAAACGGCGGAACUGAAAGAAGAAUUUAGUGGGGAGAAAAACAGGCUAACGGAAGAAUUAAAUUUAAUGUUGGAAGAAGUAAAGAGCAGCAAAGGUCAACUGAAUGAGCUCAUGCUAGAAAAUAGUGAAUUGAAGAAGAGUUUGGAUUGUGUACACAAAGACCAUAUGGAAGAACAAGGGAAAAUGAGAGGAGAAAUAGCUGAAUAUCAGCUACGGCUUCAGGAAGCUGAAAACAAACAUCAGGCUUUGCUUCUGGAUACAAACAAACAGCAUGAAAUGGAAAUCCAGACAUAUCGAGAGAAACUGACUUCUCAGGAGGAAUGUCUCAGCUCACAGAAGGUGGAGAUAGACCUCUUAAAGUCCAGUAAAGAAGAACUCAAUAAUUCUUUGAAAGCGACCACUGAGAUUUUAGAAGAACUGAAGAAAACCAAGAUGGAAAAUCUAAAACAUGCAGAUAAACUGAAGAAGGAAAACGAUCGUGCCCAGAGUAAAAUAAAGUUGUUGAUGAAAUCCUGUAAACAGCUGGAAGAGGAAAAGGUGAUGUUGCAGAAAGAACUGUCUCAUCUUGAAGCUGCACAGGAGAAACAGAGAGCAGAUACCGUUGUAGAUGCUAAUGUCGACAAAUUAAUAACUGAAAUGAAAGAACUGAAAGAAUGCCUUGAAGAAAAAACCAAGGAGGCAGACGAAUACCUGGAUAAAUACUGUUCCCUGCUUAUAAGCCAUGAGAAGUUAGAGAAAGCCAAAGAGAUGUUAGAAACACAAGUUGCUCGUUUGAGUUCACAACAAUCUAAACUUAAUCUUCGGAGUUCUCCUUUGGUGAAUUCGGUUGCUCCAGGACCAUCCCCAGUCCCUUCUGCCACUGAAAAGAAGUUACCAUCUGGCCAAAAUAAAUCUUCAGGCAAAAGGCAAAGGUCCAGUGGGAUUCGGGAAGAUGGGAGAGAAACCAUGCCUUCUACACCAGAGACAUUUUCUAAAAAAAGCAGGAAAGCCAUCAAAAGUGGUACUCACCCUCCAGAGGAUGCAGAAGAUGCUGAAUUUGAGCCAGAGGGGCUUCCAGAAGUUGUAAAGAAAGGGUUUGCCGACAUCCCAACCGGAAAGACUAGCCCGUACAUCCUGCGGAGGACAACCAUGGCAACCAGGACCAGCCCCCGCCUUGCUGCCCAGAAGUUAGCAGCAUCCCCGCUAAGUCUCGACAAAGAAAAUCUCACCGAGACCUCCAAACCAACAGCUGGUGGCAGCAGAUCACAAAAGGUCAAGGUUUCUCAGCAGAGCCCAGUGGAUUCAGGCACUACCUUCCGAGAUCCCACUGCCAGAUCUCUCUCCAUCAGUAAUCUUCCUGAGAGAAGUCCAGCGGGCAGCCCCAGGGGGGGCCUGAGAGCCAAGCGAGGCCACCACGCCCCCAGCCCAGAAGCCAGCCUGCAGUCCAAGGGCAGCGAGAACUGUAGGGUCCAGUAG